CUGCAGUUCGAUAAAGAGGUCCAGUUUGUCUGGGGAAGACAGUGGUCACUGAUGACAUACCUUUACCUCGCUGUGAGCUCCGCCCUACCAACGUGCUCCAUGGUUUUCACAUCGUUGCUCUGCCAGGUUCGAUAUUUUGGUAUUUUCCUUGCAAUGCUUUGUGCCUCGUGGGGAGGACUGAUAAACACGCCUGAGUCAUCGUACGUUACGAAUUCCCUUUACAUUUAAGUCUCAACGGUCGUCGACCUCUUAUAUAGCUGCUACCCUCUUAUGGUUUUAAUCGAAUGGAGUUUUUCUACAUAUUUUUGCUUGGCAGAAGCCAUUCUCAUAUGGCGCCUUUACGUCUUGUACAACCAAUCCAAGCUCCUACUUUAUGUUCUACUGGGGUUAUUCCUACCUAUCGUCGCGCUCUAUAUAGGGAUGGAUAUAUAUUUAUAUAGUCGUCCUUCAGCGUUCUCAGCGAAAGAGAUAAUAGCUGGGAACUUCAAGUACUGCGCGAUUU